AUUUUAGUCAAUUUUACUCUCUUUCUCUCGUCUCCUCCUCGGCUCCUCUCCGUGUUUUCCCUCGUUGUCUAACGAUUAACGAACUCCCUCCAUGUCUCACAGAUCAGUCAUAUAUCUCUUCUCUCGCGGGCCACAGUGCAAUGUAAGAACUCAGGUCUUCUUUCCCCAAUCCCUCUUUUCAUGAAUUCCUUUUGUUUCACUCGUAGUCUCAAGGAUCUGCACUGCACUCUACAAUCUCUUUGCUAGGGUUUGAGCCAGAGAGGAUGACAAAAUCACCCAUUCAUAAAUGUUGCUCUUAAGUGAUUUAGGACAGAGGACUAUGACUAGCUUAGACCCCUUAACUAUCAAGGAGCUGAUGUCUUCCUCCUUGCAUUCUCUCUCAUAAGUAGGCCUAGUUUUGGAAACAUUUCAGUAAAGAAGAAGUUGGUUCCAGAGCUAAGAGAUUAUGCACCUUCAGUACUCAUUAUUCUAGUGGGGACCAAACUAGGUUUUCUCGAGUUAUAUGACAUGGAGAGUAUCAUGAGUGAAACCUCUUUUCCAUCACAACCUAAAUGGAGAAAAGUUGCUUUUGGAGGGAUGCAACCUGGUUUUGAUGACAAUCAUACAGAUGAAUCUUUCCUAGAAGAUAUGAUUAUGAAUGGCAAUGUUGUCAAAAGGGACUUGCUAAAGGUGAUACAAGAUUCAGUUUCAAUUUCUCAGUAUAUUUGCACUGUUUGUCUUGUAGUUUUGGUUUGGACCUUUACUCUCAAAUCCUCCUUGAAUGAGAAUUCACUUUUAGUUUUAAAUGUUAGCCUUCUUGGACUGGGUUUCUUCACUCUUCUCUUAACUGCAGACAUGCUCUCCUUCAAUCUUCUUCUCAGUUAUGUUCUGAAGAUUUCCUUCUUUAUUACUGGGUUGUAUAUGUUGUCUCCUAUCUACCAUACUCUUACUCGGUCUAUAAGCUCAGAUUCUAUAUGGGCACUAAUAGCUUCUCUCCUCGCAAUCCAUCUCUCCCUGCACAAUUACUCAGGAUCCACCGUAAAAGCUCCCGGAACUUUAGAAAAUCCUACCCUUACAAGCAAUAUCUCUCUGAAUGCUUCUAUAGUGGCUUCACUUCUGAUUGCUUCUCGCCUUCCAUCAAGGCUUCAUGUAUUUGCCAUUGUGCUGUUCUCCUUGCAAGUUUUUCUAUUCGCUCCAUUGGUCACCUACUGUGUGAAGAAGUACUCGUUCAGAUUGCACCUGUGUUUUUCCUUUGGGUUAAUGGUCUUGACAUUAGUUCUCAUUUACCAGUUGCACACACUACUCUUUCUUUUAUUGUUGGCUGUGCUUAUCUUUGUCGAUCUGGUAUGCCCUUAUUGGUUGAUACAACUUCAAAAGUAUAAGUUUGAGAGGGCUUAUUGGUUGAUACAACUUCAAAAGUAUAAGUUUGAGAUUAAUGGCCCCUGGGACGAGGCAAAACUCUGUUUUGCUAUCACAGAAUGAGCAACCAAGUCUGUGGAAGAUCCAAUUUUGAUA